UAUACACUAACGUGUCCCCUGUUAAUAGUAUCCUAGUCCACUAUUUGCGCUCUCGUGCUCGGGACAAGGUGAUGGAGACUGAGAGUUGUUUGUCUUUCUCCUCGCCUCCAAACAGGAUCACGCCGGAGAAUUCACCCGGUUUGGAGCAUAAUUCCGUCUCUUUCUUUCAGUGUGACGACCUUCAAAAGUCUCCUCAUCUUCCUCUAGCGCAUCGACAUGAGUUUUUUAUGGGACGCUACGCAGACGGCGGCUCCGCGAACUUUACGCACGGCGUCAGCACAACUCCUCGCGCAUCGCCUGGAAAGCGUACCAAGUUUUUGGAGAAUAUGAAUCAGGACCAAAAACCUUCGAUCACCGAGAAGAACUCGUCAUUUUAUGAGACGAAUUCCGAAGCAGGAGAGAAGACCCUACCCAAGCCCCUUGGCUAUCCCGCACUAAAUUCAGAGUGCUGUGGAAAACUGAAAGAGCCGUCCCACGAACUGACUGGAGACUCCAUAGCUGACUCCAUCGACCUUUCAGGCAAGAACAAGAAGCGGCGAAACCGGACGACUUUCAGCACCUUUCAACUGGAGGAGCUGGAGAAGGUUUUUCAGAAGACGCAUUACCCAGAUGUGUAUGCUAGGGAACAGCUGGCACUGAGAACGGAGCUCACAGAGGCCAGAGUGCAGGUGUGGUUCCAAAACAGACGGGCCAAAUGGAGAAAGAGAGAGCGCUAUGGAAAGAUGCAAGAGGUGCGAAACCAUUUUGCUGCUACAUAUGAUAUCUCCCUUCUCCCUCGCUCCGACACAUACCAGAUGCAAAAUACCCUAUGGCCAAGCAGUGCGGGAACGGGUGGUGUAGGCGGAGCGGCCAGUGGUUGUGUUCUGGGCACCGAAAACAUGGCAUCAUCCUGCAUGACCCCUUAUCCCCAUCCUCAUGGCAACCUACCCGGGCUUAUGGGUAUGUCUGCAUCUGCAGGCCAUCAUCAUCAUCAUCAUCAUCAUCACCCAACCCACCAUCCUAGUAUUAACGGGAUAUACUCACUCCAUGGCUUCCCAGGAAGCCUAGGGGCUCAUUCCUUUGAGCCCGGACCAGAGUCUGAAUACAAGGCCUCAGGCCUGGUGGCCCUGCGCAUGAAAACCAAAGACCCCGGGAGCCUGUUAUCCUGGCCGACAUGACCGUGCAGCUGCAAUUGCGAUUGCGAUGACAUCACUGAGCCAACAAACAUUUAGCAUGCCUGCACAUACCGGCAUGUUAGUGUUACUCAGAAACACACAACUGAAGGACAAUAUUUUUAAACGCUCAAUGUACACAUUUCUUUUUUGCAGGCUUCCGUAUGUUUUCACGGCAAAGAUCCACAUUGUGCCCAGAUCUCUUUCUCUGUGGAAGCUUCUCACUUGUUUGUGUGAUUUUGUUGAAACUCAAUGAGCCAUAAUGGGCUUUGCACACAACUUGCCUUAUACAAUUAUUUCUGGGAUACUAAAAUUGUAAAAAUUGUCUAAUAUUAAUUACCAAAGAGGAUGUGCAACAUGUUUAUUUAAGUAUGUUAAUGUUAAUCUCAUAGUCUCAGUGUAUGCCGUGUUUUAGCCCCAUUAUAGUCCCAGUCAAUAAAUCAUUUUACAAU